AUAUGAGCGAGGCGAGGGUUGUUUUGGGAAUCUCGGAAGAGUUGCGGCAAGGUCGAUAGAGCAUCUUACUCUUAAAAAAAACAUCACAUCGCGGAUUUUAUUCGCUUUCGUACAAGUGUGCGGAAAGCUAGAGGACCGAGAGGCUACUCGGAGAUUUCAUCUCUUGAUGAGUAGCGUUGGCUAGGGCUGAAAGUUGAUGCCUUUUUUUAAUCUCUGAGAGUGUAUACUGAGACAGCUAGCAAGCCAUCCUUCUCCAUUUGUAGCUCUGCAUGUUUUGUGGUUGUGCUACCUUUUUGAGAGAGGCAGAAGUGGCAUUCGGCAUUUUCUGAAUUCGAAAGCACCGCGUUUCUCUGGGACCAACUAUCCAGACGGUCUUCCACCACUUGGGCGGUACCAGGAGUGUGAGCUGACUACUUAUAUGUCGGAAAGAACCGGGGUUUAGAAGCAGUGUAGUUUUGCUAUUGCACACGAGUUGUGCCGGACAUUUAGCUAGGAUUUUUUCCCCCUUUAAAAGGUCCUUCAUUUACCGGUAAUAUUUGCAAUGUCGGCGCCAUCCUCCUUGCCUCCCGCCCAGGGAGAGAACCCCGCGCCAGAAAAUGAGGGUCUGGCCGUGGAUACAGGUUUGAAGCCCGCCGGCCCGACACCCAGCUCGAGUCGGUUCCAGGUGGACCUGGUGGCCGAAGCAGCCGGUGCCGCUGAUAAAACGCUCGCAUCUGGCGAUAAAGACGCUCCCGCACCCGAAGGUUCGGAGCCAGCGGCGGGUGGCGAGGAGGCAAAGGGUCGGUUCCGUGUGGUGAACUUUGUAGAUCCGAGUGGAGCAAGCCCACCAGAGGCAGUGCCCGCUGAAGGUUUCCAGAAUGGAGACACCGUGAUGAGUGAGGGCAGCCUACAUUCUUCGACAGGAGGCCAACAUCACUACCAUUACGACACCCAUACAAACACCUAUUACCUAAGGACUUUUGGUCACAACACCAUCGAUGCCGUGCCGAACAUCGACUUCUACCGGCAAACUGCUGCGCCUCUGGGGGACAAGCUGAUAAGACCCACCCUUUCGGAGCUGCAUGACGAGCUAGACAAAGAGCCGUUUGAGGAUGGCUUCGCCAACGGGGAUGAGCUCACCCCGGCCGAGGAGGCCGCAGCCAAGGAGGCGUCCGAGCCCAAGGGAGCAGUCAAGUUCGGAUGGAUCAAAGGGGUUCUGGUGCGCUGCAUGUUGAACAUUUGGGGCGUGAUGCUCUUCAUCCGCAUGUCAUGGAUCGUGGGACAGGCGGGAAUUGUUCUCUCCUGUGUGAUCGUUCUCAUGGCAACAGUUGUGACCACCAUCACCGGCCUUUCGACCUCCGCGAUUGCGACCAACGGCUUUGUACGAGGAGGAGGGGCGUACUAUUUGAUAUCAAGAAGUUUGGGCCCAGAGUUUGGCGGCUCCAUCGGUUUGAUCUUCGCCUUUGCCAACGCUGUGGCCGUCGCCAUGUACGUGGUGGGCUUUGCCGAAACCGUCGUGGAGCUCCUUGCGAGCGUGGAUUGCAUCAUGACUGAUGAAAUCAAUGACAUCCGAAUCGUCGGAACCAUCACAGUCAUCCUUCUCCUGGGUAUCUCCGUGGCAGGAAUGGAAUGGGAGGCCAAGGCUCAGAUUUUCCUGCUGGUUGUUCUGAUCACGGCCAUCUUUAACUACUUUAUUGGCUCCUUCAUCCCCCUCCAGUCCAAGGAGUCGCAGGGCUUCUUCGGCUACGACAGUGGGAUUAUGAUGGAGAACAUGGGUCCGGACUUCCGGGGCACAGAAUCGUUUUUCUCAGUCUUUGCCAUAUUCUUCCCUGCAGCCACUGGCAUUCUGGCCGGUGCCAACAUCUCAGGAGACCUUUCUGACCCACAACUGGCCAUCCCAAGGGGAACACUCUUGGCCAUUCUUAUCACCGGUAUUGUCUACCUGGGUGUUGCAAUUUCUACUGGCUCAUGCAUCGUGAGAGACGCAACAGGAAACGACAACGACACUCGCAGCGCCCAGAUCAUGGCUAACUGCACCGACGCCGCCUGCAAGUUCGGCUACGACUUCUCCUCCUGCAAGAGUGAUGACGGCCUGUACAACUGCAGAUAUGGACUCCAGAACGACUUCCAGGUCAUGAGCAUCGUGUCUGGUUUCGGACCCAUCAUCACUGCCGGGAUCUUCUCCGCCACUCUGUCCUCUGCCCUGGCGUCUCUGGUCAGCGCCCCCAAAGUAUUCCAGGCUUUAUGCAAAGACAACAUCUACCCUGGCCUGGAGAUGUUUGCCAAGGGCUACGGCAAGAACAACGAGCCCCUCCGCGGCUACAUUCUCACGUUUUGCAUCGCUCUAGCCUUCAUCCUUAUUGCCCAGUUGAACAUUAUCGCUCCCAUCAUCUCCAACUUCUUCCUGGCCUCCUAUGCUCUCAUCAACUUCUCUGUGUUCCACGCCUCUCUGGCCAACUCGCCAGGAUGGCGCCCCAGCUUCAAGUACUACAACAUGUGGGUGUCCCUGGCCGGAGCCGUGCUGUGCUGCGUGGUCAUGUUCGUCAUCAACUGGUGGGCAGCCUUGAUGACCAACGUCAUAGUCAUGGGCCUCUACAUCUACGUGAGCUACAAGAAGCCCGAUGUGAACUGGGGCUCUUCCACUCAGGCUCUGACAUACCACCAGGCCCUGACCCACAGUCUGCAUCUCAGCAGUGUUGAGGACCACAUCAAGAACUUCAGACCUCAGUGCUUAGUGAUGACGGGCUACCCCAACUCGCGUCCGGCUCUGCUCCACCUGGUCCACGCUUUCACCAAGAAUGUGGGCCUGAUGAUCUGCGGCCAUGUUCGCACGGGCUCCAGAAGGCCCAACUUCAAAGAGCUGUCCAAUGACCAGACACGUUACCAGCGCUGGCUGAUGAAGAACGAGACCAAGGCAUUCUACACACCCGUGUUCGCUGAGGACAUUCGGGAGGGCACCCAGUAUCUGCUACAGGCGGCUGGGCUAGGUCGUCUGAGGCCCAACACUCUGGUGAUUGGCUUCAAGAACGACUGGAAGGACGGAGACAUGAUGAACGUUGAGACCUACAUCCAGAUGAUCCAUGAUGCGUUUGACUAUCAGUACGGUGCCGUGGUCCUCAGACUGAAGGAGGGUCUGGACGUGUCCCACAUCUCAGAACAAGAUGACCUGCUGUCGUCGCAGGAGAAGACGUCGGGGAUGAAGGAUGUGGUGGUGUCCAUCGACAUGAAGGACUCUGACGGAGACUCAUCCAAGCCCUCGUCCAAAGCCACCAGCGUCCAGAACAGCCCAGCCAUCCAGAAAGGUGACGAUGAUGAACGCAAAGCCGCAAGGAAGCCGCUGUUGAGAAAAGAGAAAAGCCCCCAGACGUUGAACGUGGCCGAACAGAGGCUCCUGGACGCCAGUCAGCUGUUCAAGAGGAAACAAGGCAAAGGCACCGUGGACGUGUGGUGGCUCUUUGACGACGGCGGCCUUACCCUGCUCAUCCCCUAUCUGCUCACCAACAAGAAGAAGUGGAAUGACUGCAAGAUCCGCGUCUUCAUCGGAGGCAAGAUCAACAGGAUUGACCACGACCGCAGAGCGAUGGCCACACUUCUCAGCAAGUUCAGGAUAGACUUCUCCGACAUCAAUGUACUGGGAGACAUCAACACCAAGCCCAAAAAAGAGAAUGUGACUGCCUUUGAGGAGAUGAUUGAGCCGUACCGGCUGAAGGAGGACGACAUGGAGCAGGAUACAGCAGAGGCACUGAAGGCCAGCGAGCCCUGGAGGAUCACAGACAACGAGCUGGAGCUCUACAGGGCCAAGACUAAUCGUCAGAUCAGACUGAACGAAUUGCUGAAGGAGCACUCGAGCACAGCCAACCUCAUUGUCAUGAGCAUGCCCCUGGCCAGAAAGGGAGCCGUAUCCAGUGCUCUCUACAUGUCCUGGUUGGAGACUCUGUCCAAGGACCUGCCUCCCCUCCUCCUGGUACGAGGCAACCACCAGAGCGUCCUCACCUUCUACUCUUAAAAAUCACACACAGGCCGCCUCUGGGACCGCCCACACCUCCUAUCCCAGUGCCCUAAGAGACACACACACACGCUCCAAUGAAGGUAGAAACCGUAGCCAUUGAUAAUAAUGAUGAUAAUAAAGGAUAUGGUGUUGCUCUGGAGGUCCAGCCUCCGGGGGGGGGGGGGGGGGGGGUCCGCACUACUCUUUUCAAAUUGUACACAGCACACGAAAGAAGUGAACAAUUUUAAUUUACUCAAAGUUGAUUUCCUCUGGCUUGAAAGCAUCUGUUUAUGUGAUUCACACAACGUUAUUAUCAUUAUUGUUAUUAUUCAGAUUCUUCUCGAUGUCACGUUUUUAAGUUAGAUCAUUUUUGCUUUUUUCAAAGCAGCAAUAAUCACCCUCUAAUUUUUCCUUUUCUUGUGUUGGAGAGAACCAUACCGAAUGCUUUGCUACUCCUUUUAUAGCCUUAUGGAUGUGCCUUCCAGGUGGAAUUACAUUAUGAAUGGCUCUACCCAGAUUGAAGAAUAUAGAUGGAGAAGUUAUUUUGUUAUUGAGUUUUAAAUGUUAUUUUUAAUUUUUUGAGGAAUGUUUUUAUGCGAGUGGAUUGUAGGAGGUUAGCAAAGAGUCUCCACUUGAUGGAACAAAAAGCUUUCUAGUGUUUAUUUCUCCUCCCUAAACGGUUUCCUAUUGUUUUCUGACCUCUGAUUUAAUUUUACUCCAUAUUUGUAUUUGUCGUCCUUUAAGCUGUGGAAAUUAAACAGUGUUCUUAGUGCAGUACCCUCUACCUACUUUAUAGUAGACGCAAUCAACUUCAACUCUGAAAGUUGAUUUGGUUGGUGCCCAAGAAUGGUCUCUUAACAGAAAGAUAUCUGCAGGUCUACACUUGGAAGGUCCCAGGGGUCUUACUACCAUGCUGUCAGAAAUGACUAGAAGUGGGUUUAGCUUCGGAUUAGCCUCAUCAUGCCAGUUGUCUCUCAAAAGCUGCUAACGCGAACAAGUGUUUCAACCAAAAGCAGCAAAACCCUCGGCUGAGUUCUUAGUCCACGUCCCCGUUGGAUUUGAGUAGGUUCCCCUCAUUGACGUCUGUCCUCAUAGUGGAAUCUAUGGGCUGAAUCCUAAUUUGAGACGCUCCAAUUUUACUCAAACUUUUUUUCUGAAUUUGUGUAUUGAUGUCUAAAGGAGACUUCAAAGUCUUGAGUUGGUAAUUCAUAUCUCAAGUUAGGACUCUGCCCCUCAGGUCCCCCACAUUGGAGUGACUACAAAGGAACCGGUUUAGCCCUUACAACCAAAUUAAGACUUUGCUGAGUGUCUUUGUUCAGAGUUUGAGUUAGUUCCGUGUUCAAAAGAGGGGAAAUUGUAGGUAAAAGCUAUGGAUUAGCAUGUUUCAAGAGGGAACUGAUACAUGCCUCUAUGCAGAUGCGCUGUAAUCAUUACUUGUUAUAAAAGCCCAUGCCUGGUUUAUUUGAAAGGUUCCACUGUCCCUCAGUUCAUUUUUGGACUAUUUAGGCUGGUCCUUAAACCUAUUGUCGGCCCACUUUGCCAUUGUUCCGGGAGAGUAAAAAUUGUAGUCAUAAGGCCAACCACGUCAUUGCCCCGCUCUUACCUAGUUCUCAUCAUUUUAUGCAAUUAAAGUUUUUUUUGGGGGGGGGCAGGAGGCUUGGGUCAGUUGAAUGUAAAUCUGAUUAACACUAAUGUGGGAGUUGAUGAAGGGAUGGUCUCUUUCUGUUGCUUUUAUUUUCAACUACUGCCAUGUUGAGUUUUUGCUACAAGCUACAGGUUUUUUAGAUUUCAGUCCCACAUGGAAAUCCACAUGCAGUGUGCUUUGCAGUUCAGGUUCAUUGUACUAUUUUCACCCACACGACUGCAUCUCCCCAUGCUGUGUUCUUUAUCUAGACCAUGACUACGCCAUGUGAUUAUGAAUGAAUAUAUAUAUAUAUAUAUAUAUCUCUCUCUCGUGUGUGUGUGUGUGUAUGUAUAUAUAUAUAUAUAUAUAUAUAUAUAUAUAUAUAUAUAUAUAUAUAUAUAUAUAUAUAUAUAUAUAUAUAUAUAUAUAUAUAUAUACACACACACUAGUGUAUAAAAAUAUCUCUCAAAUGUGCAAAGCAUGUCAUUAUCUUCUUUUUUCUUUUCUUCUUAUUUCUAAUGGGUGGGGGAUUGUUCAUCUUUUUAGAAGCCAGAUGGUACAAUCUUACUAACCAAGAUCUGUUCUGUGUACUGGUGUGUAAAGCAUUCAACCCUCAGUUAUUGUUACAAAGCGACAAUGUUACAAACAAAAACACGGGUUACUCUACAUUUUAUAUUUAAAUAUAUGAAUAAGAAAAGAUGUAUCAAUCCAACCGGGCGGGGCUCUUUGUCGUUGAUGUCACGUAAAAAUACAAAAAAAACGUAUCGAUAUGUCACAACCAAAUAAGGUGGGUUCUUUCUUUUUCUUUUUAUUGAUGUGUGAGGAGUGUAAUACUGUAACAUCCUCUCAAUGUCAUUAUUUAGCAGAAACUUGACACUACUGUGCUCUAUCCAAGAGACCAAAACAUGUCACCUGCAACUGGUAUCCACGCCAUGUUGAGACUUCUUCAUCCUCUUUGUAUUUGUAGCCAAAGCCCCCCCUCUUCUUCCUCACCCCCUCCAUCUGUCUUGAGUUGUUGUGAGCCAUGACAAUGGAUGAAGAAAAACAUUGGUCAAAAAUUCUCAUGACUCAGAACCCUUAGUUCACACUGUAACUCGAAGAAAAACUAACAUGUAAAUAAAAGUAGUCUAACUAGGUAAAUUAAGGGAGUAGAAUAUUAAUGGCAAGUUAAUAUGGAGAAAGAUAUAUAUUUAUUUUAGUUUAGAAUUCUCCAAGUUUUUUUUUUCCUUUCUGUUUUUAAAUUAAUUUGCAUGUUAAUUUUUGCGUUUUGAUCAACAACAAAAAAUCAGUUUCUCUUUUUCAGUCUGGACAUUUCUAUCUUUUUAUAUGCCUUUGAACGAAAAGUUGUGUUGACAAAGCAGUUUAAAGAUGUUUUCUCCUGCUCUUCCAUCUGGGUAGAUGUGAUCUACCUAGUUGGUUGAAACAGUAAUGUUUGAUAUACUGUACUGUUAACUGUCACAGAUGUUUUUUUUCUAACAUUUUAACAUUUAAGGUUACCAAUACUUUGUACAUCUAUUGCAAUAAAUAAAUUAAAUGAAUCAAUCGUUA